CUGUAUUUCACAGUGAGAAGCUAUAGGUGAGGAGCACAGUGACCAUAAACUGACUGUACUCAUAUUACGCCGUAUGUUGUAUAUCAAAGGUAGACCGUUCAUACUGUUAUAUGCUCAUCAUCGUGCACUCUAUUGUGUUCUUCGCCCUGUACCACAUAACGCCCUAUCCCUAAUAUCCCACCUUGGCCGACUCCAUACUCCAUGGCUGUUGGUUCCAAAAGAUGUAUCGUUCUUCAUUAUGCAUUAAUAAGAUAUCUCAUCCUCGAAUCAUGCCCUGCCUGUGCCAUGGCUAACCGAGGGGACAUACACA